AAGACCAACAGAGGGGUCCGGGAGGCAGGAAGAGGCGAAAGGUGGGCUGAUGAUAUCAUCGGACUCGCCGAGGCGUGAUGGGGACCCGCGCGCGAAGCGGAAACGCCAGCCAACUGAACGGCUUUCCCCUCUCCAUGUCAUUCUCCCCGAAGACGCAUCUUGACGACCGCUGUUGAUCGAACUCCUCAGAUUCCCGACACUGGUUCUUCUCUUCCUUGUCCAAUCAUCGCUCCAUAAUGUCGGCCAACUACUCCCUCACAGACCUUCUGCCGCUUCCCAAUUCCUCCGUCAGGGUACCCCGCCUUGGAUUCGGCGUCUAUCGGUCACCUUCCACACAAUGUGUGCAGUCCUGUUUGAAGGCCCUCGAAACCGGGUACAGGCACAUUGAUACCGCCCAGUUCUACGCAAACGAGAAAGAGGUUGGCGACGCCAUCCGUUCGUCUGGCCUGCCCCGCAGCGAAAUUUUCGUGACUACCAAAAUCCUCAGCCCAGCGGGCUCGCCUGAAGCAACCUACGAGAGACUCGUGGCUAGCGUUGACAAGAUUGGGGGUAAGGACGGAUAUGUUGAUCUGUUCUUGAUCCAUAGCUCCAAGUCCGGCUCGUCGGGUCGCAAGGAAUUAUGGCAGGCCCUGGAGAGGCUGCUGGAGGAAGGCAGAACUAAGAGCAUUGGUGUCAGUAACUUCGGGGUCAAACAUAUCGAGGAGAUGAAGGCGUAUGCGAAGGUCUGGCCGCCGCAUGUGAAUCAGAUCGAGCUCCAUCCCUGGUGUCAGCAACGUGUUAUCGAUGCAUACUGCAAGAAGAACGGCAUCAUCGUCGAGUCCUAUUCCCCCAUUGUGCGGAACUAUAAAGCCAACGACCCUACACUCGUGGAUUUGGCGAAGAAGUAUAACAAGACGACCCAGCAGGUCCUGAUACGCUACGCCCUGCAAAAGGAAUGGGUUCCGCUUCCUAAGACUGACAAUCCGGACCGGAUUGCGGCUAAUGCCAAUGUGUUUGAUUUCGAUAUCAGCGAGGAGGACAUGGCGGUACUGAACGCUCUCGACGAGGGGAGCAGUGGCGCCAUUGUUGAGGCCGUUGAGAACGAGUAGUUCGUCGCGAUGCUAUAUAUAGAUCUAAUUGAUUGAGUGUGCAGGACCAUGCUAGAAUCCAUACGAUCAGUAAUCUGGGCGUUGCAUAAGGAAGGCAUUGACCGAUUGCAGCGUAGAUCGCGAGGGAUUUACAUCGUGCUUGGACGAUGUGAUCCAGGCAAGACGCUGCCGGAUGAACUGCUUGCCAAUCGGUUGGUUGGUGGGUGCAGCAGUGAGCUCGCC